CCCCUUCCUGAGCUGUUGGUAGCGCGGUGCCCUCUUGGUCUAAGAUUAUGGAGCACGAGAAGGCCAAGAAGCGCCUGCCCAAAGCGAAGAUUACCCGAAAGCGCAAGGUGCCCUCCAAGACGAGCGUCACGUCCUCUGGGAAGAGCUCGUCGGCAGCGACGGCGUCUGCAGACGUUCCGGUGGCGUCUUCAGUGUGGGCCACCGCCGCUCCUACGGACGACAACUUGGAAGGAAACGCCGCUCAGUCCCGCGACGAAACCGGCCAGUCGGACUCGACGACCCAAAUGACGCGUCCUCAUGUCCGCCGAUCGGACGCGAUGUUCCGGGCGUCCCGCCCUAGAACCAGACACGCGAGGCACCGCGAACAUCACGCGUCGACUCGAGACCGCAAGGGGCUGCAGGAAAGCUCGCCGGAGGCUCCCAGGCCGAAACGGCUCCAAGUAACGCGCGACACCGAGAGUGGCCCACGAGCCGCCCCAGAGGCGGGCCAACGAAGCACACAACCCAGUGCUUUCGAUAUGAAACCUCAGGCCGAAGCUGCCGUUGAAGCGACUCAAACGGGCGACGGCCAAGUCGCGACGUGGGCCGGAGGGGGCAAGCAGAACGCCGCGCCAUCGCAGCAGGUGUCCGUGCCGUCGGGCGGAGAAAGACGCGAAGGUGCAGUAGUAAGCCAGGUCACCUCGAAAUCGGAAGCCAAUAAAGCCAGGGAGCUGGACUCCGCCGCCGCAUGCAACCAAUUCGAUCUCAGUCGACCUGACAAUCCGGUUUGCAAGGGUGCCGCAGUCCCUUUUAGCAUCCAACGCAAGGAAAGCACCACGGUAGCUCCCUCCACAAAGCUGCAGUCCGGGCGUUCCACGACGUCCGACGUCUGCGCAAACGACAGUGCCCCGCCGGGUCCGGCACAGGAGGCAAACGGCGACGCCACGCCACCAUGCAACCCAAGGUUUCAAACGCGGUGGAAGACAGCGCCCCGUACGUCGACGACGAAGAAUGCGUCGCAGCCAAGGUACCGCGACGGUACCGCCAGGGCCUCGCAAGACGCCGUUACGGAGACGAGCGAAGAAGACUACUACGGCGACCUGUAUCCCGACACAUGUCCCGAACUGACGACAAUCAGGUCGGGCGCGACGGAUGGCACGACGACUCCGUUUUCCGAGGCGACGAUGUCGUUCGAGCAGUCCAAGCCCUGCAGGUCUCUGGGUCAGUCCUGGAUUUCCGAGGUCGCCCGCGAGAUGACUGGCGGCGCGUCGCCCCACAGGAACGCCAUCCUCGCGCUGCUCAAGCAGGAGUUGACCAGAAGGCCUCCGGCCGGGGUCGCCACGGAGGUCGCGUCGCCCUCCAUCAGUUGGGCCUCCGAGCACUCCGACGAGCAGGUCAACGAGCCGGUGGCGAGCAAGGGCGGUGCCUUGCCGCACGCGCGUUUGCAGUCGCAGUGCAAGACCCCAAAAACGGCUGGCGAGAACAAGAGCGAUCGCGGCGCAAACUCGGCGAGGCAGAACGCCGAUGGCAUGUCCGGCGUGAUGCAGGACCCACGGCGUAAGACGCUUUGGCAGCAACCGAUAGCCAAACAAGCGCCGAGGUUUUCGCCGAGGGACAGCGACAGCCGGGCCAGCGACAGCAGGGUCGACGCCAAACAAAUCCUGUUUCCCGUGAUCGUCCUCUCGGUCCUGAUUCUCCUGGCCUUCGUCAUCGCCUUCUUGGUGCCCCUGAAGCGUUCGCAUUUCAAGACGAGGCUGCUCAAUCGACUUGCCGCAGCCUGCCGAGGGGACCCGGCCUGUGUCCACGCAGUCGGAGUCAUGGCGAACUCGCUGGACGUCGCGGCCGAUCCGUGCCUCGAGUUCGACCGUUUCGCCUGCGGCAAUUGGCGCGCCGCGGAUCCUCAGAGGCGCAGCUACCGCCGCGAGAGCGCGCAAAGCUACACGCGAAACAUACGCGAGGCUCUUCUCCGCGUUCUGACGCACGCUCCCGGUGCAUCCCGAGGUCGCGGCAUGGACGACAGCGGCGGCGUAAGGAACAUGGCCGCCUUCUACAGCAGUUGCCAGACCUUCGCGGAAGCGCGCGACACCGCACAGGCCACGACUGCUUCGGACGUCAUCGGCGCUAUGAAUCUGGACCGCGGGACGGCGUCGCACGGGUCUGUAACGGCGCGCAGGGACCUUCAGAGCCUCCUGCAGUUCGUCGUUGGCAGCAGUUUCAAGAUUGGCCUGCCGACCUUCGUCUCGGUCACCUUGAAGGGCGACGAGACGUUCGUGGACAUCGGAGAGACGCUCAACUCGACUCUAGGUCCAAGCCGCUUUGUCGAAGAGGUGUUGCGCACAGCUCUGAGAAGCCUGGGUGCCGCUGACGACAACGAAACUGUCAAUGCUCUGUGCCGUGCCGACAGUUCCGCCAGCGACUGGCGGUCACGUGUCAGCAAGUCGGACCCGUUCAACAUCACUCGUCUUAAAUACCUGCAGCCGCCGUUUCCUGGCGCCAGCUGGACGGACGCCCUCAAUCAAGGCUUGGCUUGGAAUGGCUCGAAGUACUCUCCCGACAGCGUCCUGCACGCGAGAGGCAUGACAGAGGUCUCCAAGAUCAUGACUCUGCUGUCCGAAGACAACCUCACCGCAGAACACGGUCGAGCCUACGCGUCCGCGGUUCUCCUGGCUCAGGUGAUGAAGUACGACUACCUCUUUCGCGGAGAGGGUGCUUACGACCGCACUGCUGCCCCUGAAGGCGUCGACCCGUGCCUGGAAAUAACGGGGACGUACUUCAAGGAUCUGUUUCCACAUUGGGUGACCACUGCCCUGGUGUCGAACGACCGCAUGCGCGCCUUCAAGAACAUGGCGGAGAACCUGCAAUACACCGUUCUCCGCCGUUCCCUGCGUUCCCAGAGCAGGACUAUAAACGGCAGUGAAUUCUCGAAGCUGAACUUCACCAUCACAGGCGAGAGCGGCCUUACGAGUCGCAUACAGCGACCGCGCGUGGUGUCGUCUCCUUCGAACUACGGCGACCACUUCCUGCUGAACGUGGUCCUCGCAAGCCGAGACCACGUCGGCGUCGACUACGAGGAAGGCGCCGUCCAUCGGCAGCUAAGCGGCGAGCUGUCGUUCUUCCAAGUGGGCGAGCAGCAGUUCGUCGCCGUGCCGGCCAGCUUCCUCGUCGCGGAAACCCUGGUCGCCAACGCGCACGUGCCGAGCCUCUACUACGCCUCGGUCGGUGUCCGGCUGCUCCUGGAAUGGCUGGAGUGGAUCCUCGCCGCAGCAGGCACGCCCACAACCGGCCACGCCGUGGCGAGAGCGGUGGAACAAGUGAUCGGGGGCGCCCGCGGUUGGGCAUCAAUUGUUUUCGGCAGCCACGUGACACGCCUGGAAAGACCAGGUCUUGACGAGUGGGCUCUGAACGAGACUUCAACGGUCGCCGAGGCAAAUGUCAGUGGCGGCGCCGGCACCACUGACCAGUCGCUGGCCGGAGGCAACAGCGACCGGCCACUGGACGGCAGUGUGGAUCAGCGAAUCCAGUGUGUACGCGAUGCAGCGUCCACGGUGUUCGGAAGGGCCGUGAGCCCGGAGGAAGGCCGGCUCCUGGUCCUCACCGACUGGGCUUUGGACGUGGCGUCGACAGGAGCGGAAGCGCAGCGUCGAAGAAUGAACGGUACCGGCGCGUCGCAUGAGGAGAGCGACUUCGUCGAUGACGAUUCCGCGGAGCUCAGGAUUAGUCGGCAGUUUUUCUACCUGCGCUUCUGCCACACCCUGUGCGGAGAGGACGGACCCCUGGCGGGCGCCUGUCGGUACAGGACCGCCCGAUCGCGAGACUUUGCCCGGGCGUUUCGUUGUCCCGAUCCACCAACCCAACCGCCGUGCUAGCUGACACGCGCCGUAUUUCUUAUAACUCUGAAUGAGUGUUACUCUUCGUUUAUUUAUUUCUCGAAUGCGAACAUUUUUGGUUCUAGUGUGUUGGAGCGCUCCCCCUUUCCUCUCCCCCCUACCCCCCCCCCCCCCCACUUCCUCACCGUGUUGGUGCGCUGCUGCCGCGCUCAUCUUUCUCUUUUUUUUUUCCCGCGUAUUUACGGUAUCCAAGACUAUAUGUUGGACUAAGAGUGUUCUAUUAUCCGCUAGAUAAAUUGAUUGAGGAACAUUGUA